AUGCGACUCGAAGUACUCAUUGAAUAUGGAGGAAUUUAUUUGGAUUCAGAUGUAUUAACACUUCGUUCAUUUGUUCCAUUAUUGAAUUUGAAUGAUGUUGUUAUGGCUCAUCAAGAUGAUCAAGAGGCAGCUUGUAAUGCAGUGAUAUUAGCAAAAAAAGAUGCCACAUUUCUGAAACGUUUAUAUGAUGCUUAUCAAAGUUUCGAUCAGAAUUGUUGGGAUUGCCAUUCAGUCAGACUUCCAGGACGUUUAGCGUCGAUCUAUCCGAAUGAAAUCACUGUCUUACCUACUAACACAUUUUUUCGUCCCAGUUGGAAUGAAAAAGAAGCUUUAUAUGAAUCAAACAACUAUAAUUUCACUCCGAACUAUGCGUGUCAUCUUUGGAAUAAGAUAAACAAUCAUAAUUAUCUCAGUCGAUUAACACCUGAAGUGGCCCUAAGUGCAAAUAAUACUUUUGGACGAAUGUUACGUCAUGCCAUCGGCAAUGCUACUUUGAUCAAACUCAAGCAAUUCUUUAGCUCGUGA